AUGGAACUUCUCAAAGACCAUGAACCUAGAAAUUCCACUUUGUGUUUGAUUCAGCCUCAUCCAUACGGUAAAAGUGAGUUUGGAGAAGAUUCAGACAAUGGUUCCACAGGGCUUAAUUACUUGAUAGAUGUAAAACCAGAGAAAAUAUAUGAAGAUGGUAGCGGAUCGGAGAGUAUUGCCAAGAAUUUCGCCGCGGCGACCAGCCCUUCUUCACUUUCAAGUCCAAGCAGCACAAAUUCUGAUGGGAUGGGUGGAAAUCAGGGCUUGAACUAUCAGCCUGAAGAUGGUCAUUCUCUGAUCAACUACAAUGCCGGAUAUGGUAACUUUGUUGAGAACAAUGCUGGAUCUUUGUCCUGUUUUGGACGAUCCCAGAGUGCUUUCCCUAAAAUGAUAAGCAACCAAGAUGAUAAUUACUCGAUGUGGGAAGACAAUUUGCAUUACCAUUAUCAGAAUCAGCUGGAUUCCAGGGGAAGCAAUGCUCCUAAUCCCAGAAUUUUGGAGAAUUCUCAGAGCAUCCAAGCAAAUGGUGGACUCCCAUUUGAGUGGCUUAGCGCAGAAGCUAAUGCCAGCGACACUAUCAAUAACAGCAUCCAGGAUCAUGGAAGAUAUCCAGGCUUGAAUAACAAGCGUCCUUUCAUGGGAGAGCAGCCACAAGCUUCUAAGAAGCAAUGCAAUGCUGCGAGAACUCUGAAGUCUAAGUCAACGGCAGGAUCAUCGACGAAAGAUCCGCAAAGUAUUGCAGCUAAGAACCGAAGAGAACGCAUCAGUGAGCGACUUAAGAUACUACAAGAUCUUGUUCCGAAUGGUUCCAAGGUUGAUUUGGUGACAAUGCUAGAAAAAGCAAUCAGUUAUGUCAAGUUUCUCCAGUUGCAAGUGAAGGUGUUGGCGACCGAUGAGUUUUGGCCGGCGCAAGGUGGGAAAGCGCUUGAUCUGUCACAAGUGCAAGAAGCCAUUGAUGCCAUCCUCGCAGCAUCUCGAAGAGAAAGGAACUCAAAUUCAUCAUCAAAGUCAUAG